AUGGACUUUGCGGCACCCCCCGAGAACGUGACCUUCCGUGGUCUCCUAUUCGACAUGGACGGUACCAUCAUCGACUCAACUGCCGCCGUCGAGAAGCAUUGGCACUCAAUCGGAAAGGAGAUCGGCGUCGACCCGGAAGUCAUCCUGCAGACCUCGCACGGCCGCCGGAGCAUCGACAUGCUCAAGGUGCUCGCCCCUGACAAGGCAAACUGGGAAUAUGUAAGACACAUGGAAGGGCUACUCCCCAAACUCCACGGCGAUGACGCCGUCGAGAUCCCAGGGGCGAGAGCCCUCCUGGACAGCCUGAUAGCAGCACACGCCCCGUGGGCCAUCGUGACGUCUGGCACAGUGCCCCUGGUGAGCGGCUGGCUGGACGUGCUCAAGCUCCCGCAUCCCGACCACCUCGUCACGGCCGAGUCCGUAGCCAACGGCAAGCCGGACCCCUCCUGCUACGAACUGGGCCUCUCAAAGCUCGGACUCGACGCCAAGGCGGAGGUGCUGGUCUUCGAGGACAGUCCCGCGGGCAUCAGGGCCGGCAAGGCUGCCGGCUGCAAGGUGCUGGGUCUCGUGACGAGCCAUACGGUCGAGCAAGUCAUGGCGGCCGAGCCGGACUGGGUGGUGCGGGACCUGAUCUCGGUCAAGAUGGUCGAGUACAACCCCGGGGACGGCCGCGUGACGCUGCAGAUUUCGGACGCCCUGGUGACCUCGUCGGCGUAG